AUGGAGAAUGUAGCAGCUGACCACUUGUCAAGACUGGAGAACCCGCAAUUGCAAGAAGAUAAAGAUGGAGACGACUUCCCGGACGAGUAUAUUAUGGUGACCGUGGGAGAGGAGCCAUGGUUAGUUUAUGGAAAGCAAUGCCAUUUACUGGUGGAGCUAGAACACAAGGCGUUUUGGGCUUUGAAGAGUUAUAACUUCAACAUGGAAGAACUAAAGAGCAACUGGUUGAUGCAAAUGAAUGCUCUUGAAGAGCUAAGGAAUGAUGCAUACUCUAGUUCAUGGCUUUAUAAAGAGAAGACCAAGAUGUGGCAUGACAAAAGGAUUAAAGAUAAAGAAAUUCAUGAAGGCCAAAAAGUGUUGCUCUUCAACUCAAGACUAAAGCUUUUCUCGGGAAAACUCAAGUCAAGGUGGGAUGGUCCUUUUCUAGUGAAGACGGUGUUUCCACAUGGAGCUAUAGAGCUAUUAUCAAGAUAUGGCACGCCUUUCAAGGUCAAUGGUCAUAGGGUUAAAAAGUAUGAAGACAGAGUCCCCCGGAAUGAAGGAAUGGAAGAGUUGCUGCUGCUGGAAAGGAUUGCAACCACGUAG